AUGGCUUUCUCAAUGAGAGCGUGUGUCGCUCUAUGGCUAGUGACAACUGCUGCCGCUCAAUUUACCGUCACGUCCAACUAUGUCAUCUCAAAGACCACAGAUAAGUCCUUUACUAGGACCUCGACUUUGCCGCUCAGACCUGUCGUCGCACCAACUGGUGAAGCCAUCUCGGUGACAACAUCCACGAGAAGCUACAAUGGCCUCGAGAUUGUUAUCCGAUACUUUGAACCUGGGGAAUUCGCCUCGACAGAUAUUCAGCUCACGACGAGCGGAACCAACCUUCUCGGCCCCUUCACGUACUACUACCAAGGCGUCGUCUACACAGCGCCUGCAUCCUGCCCGACACCAUUCACAGUCUCGACCACAACGAGAAUCAUGAUCCCCGAUGAAGUCCGCUCUCAGUUCUCUCCGACAAGCCUCACCAGCUUCACAGGCACACACGGCAACGGCGCAGUCUACACCCAGGUCACGGCGUACCUCUCUGACGGCGCCGUGCGGAUAAAUACCGCAGACGCAACGUCUGAUUGGCUCGCCACGUAUUACCUGGCCGACUGCCGUAACCCGACGGCCACAGAUGACUCGUACUGGGGCAAUCUCCAGCCAGGAACAAGUCGCGAUGAUCCCGUCAACGACUGGUUGAACGACAAGUCUUCAGUCAAACCGUGGGUUAUUGCUCUCGCCGUCGUCUUUCCCAGUCUGUUCCUUCUCGGCUUCGUCGAGUCGUGGUUCUGGUUUCGGAGGAUGAUGGUGGGGAGGGGAGCUCUGAGGGUGGGCACAAUCUGCUGGAUCCUCAUUUUGCCGCUUCUGCUCUUGUUUGUGAGGUAUGCGCCCGCAAGAAGAGAUACCGAUCAAUCUGAGCUCCGGAUCCGAUGGAAGAGGUUCAAGCUCGGGACAAGAGUCAAGCUCUGGCUGCGCUUGGGGUUUCGGAAGUCAUUUCCGAGUGAGCUUCUGGAGACGAAGCCGAGAACUUCCUUGCAGCCGAGGAAUGAAGAAGUCGAGGAAAAGGACAGUCCGUUCAACAGCGACGGGACGAGGAGGCGACCUCCGUCAGAGGAGGGAGACGUGUCAAUCGACUCGUGUUACGCGACCUGGUGA